AUGUCCAAGAAUCUUUAUCAAAGUAACACGGCAAGCAUGCAGCAUAUAAAUAAGAGUGGGCAGUAUGGUAUUGCAUUCAUAACCCACUUGAGGAGAAAUAUGGCACACUUCCUAAAGCCUUCUCACCUUCUUCUCUUUGUUUUCUCUCUCUCGUUACUUCAAUCCAUUCUACCAACAAGACCAGAGGGAGAAGCUCUUGUGAAAUGGAAGAAUAGCCUAGCCCCUUCUUCUUUUCUCGAUUCUUGGUCACUCACCAAUCUCGAUGAUCUUUGUAACUGGACUGGCAUUACUUGUAACUCUGCAGGUUCAGUCUCUGAGAUUAACCUUUAUGAGAAACAACUUGAUGGAAUGCUGUCCGAGUUUGGCUUCACUUCAUUUCCGAAUCUCAACAAUCUCACCCUCGCAUACAACUUCUUCUCGGGUCCAAUUCCACCAGCCAUUGAGAAUUUAACACAGCUUCAAUAUCUUGAUUUAAGCAUCAAUAGUCUCGAUGGUCCCAUUCCGUUCCAGGUUAGCCAUCUUCAGAGGUUGCUCGUCUUAAACCUGUCACAGAAUGCAUUGCAAGCUCCAAAUUGGUCCAAAUUCUCCCCCAUGCCCUUUUUGUGCAUCCUCAACCUCAGUAGCAAUCCUCUUGCGUCGACAUUCCCAAAUUUCAUAUCCAAUUCUCAUGGCCUGACUCACCUCAGCCUUGAUCAAAACGAGUUUACAGGUGAUUUAGCGCGUGAAUCAAUAUUUGCCAAUCUGCAUAAUCUUGAAGUCCUCAGUCUUGUUGGUUCAAUUCCCAAUGACAUAAGGUUGCUUUGUGAUCUUGAAUACCUAUAUUUAGGCAACAAUUCCUUUGAAGGACCGCUUCCACCAAAUAUAUUCAAGCUUUCAAAAUUAAAACAUCUUAUUCUUUGGGGUAAUAAGUUUUCAGGUUCUGUUUCCAACGAUAUAGGUUUGCUUUCUGAGCUUGAAAGCCUCUAUCUUGACUCCAAUUUUUUUGAGGGGCCGCUUCCGCCAAAUUUAUUCAAGCUCUCCAAACUAAAGAUUCUUUUCCUUUAUGAGAAUAACUUUUCAGGUUUUAUUUCUAAGGAUAUAGGUUUGCUUUUUGAACUUGAAACCCUCUAUCUUGACUCUAAUUUUUUUGAGGGGCCGCUUCCCCCACAUGUAUUUAGGCUCUCCAAAUUAAGAGAUCUGGGUCUCUCAGACAAUAGAAAUUUAUUUGAAGGAAGUAUUCCUAUUGGACUGGGACUCUUGACUAACCUCAGAUACUUGCGUCUAUCUUCCAAUAAUCUCGGUGGCUAUAUUCCAUCUGACAUUGGAAACCUGAAGCAACUAGAACUUCUUGAUCUCGGUUCUAAUCAAUUGACUGGACCGCUUUCAAAGAUCGUUUCUAAUCUCACAAAUCUUAUAUAUCUUGAUGUGAGUUAUAAUAGUCUUAGUGGAAAUAUUCAGAGUGACUGGUGGAAAAACUCUGUAUCCUUACGUUACAUUGAUUUUGAAAAUAAUUAUUUGUCUGGGAACAUUCCUAAGGAAUAUAACGAUCAUCCAACUUUGGAAUACAUCAAUUUAGGUGGGAACCAUUUUACAGGUGAGCUUCCAACAACAAUUUGCAAUGCCACUUCCCUUUCGGUUCUUGUUUUGUCAAAUAAUGGAUUAAGUGGUGCACUUCCAAAAUGUUUCGGGAAUCUUGCUGAUGGAUUGCUUUACAUUAAUCUUGCUAAUAAUCAGUUUCGAGGAACAAUACCAACUACUUUCUCCAGGAGUUGUCGGUUGACAUAUCUAAACAUGGAUAAUAAUGAGUUUGAAGGAUUGUUGCCCCCAUCUUUGGCGAACUGUAAGCACUUGAAAAUUCUUGAUAUAGGCAAUAAUAAAAUAGGUGGUACAUUUCCGUCAUGGCUUUAUGCACUUGGAGAGCUAGAAGUUCUUGUCUUGCGAUCAAAUAAACUCUAUGGUACGAUAAGUGGAAGGAGCAUAGAAGAUCCCUUCCCAAAGUUGCGGAUUGUGGAUCUGUCCCACAAUCAAUUGACAGGCUAUUUGCCAAUUCAAUACUUUAAGAAUAUGAAAUCAACUGAUGAUUUGUAUAGUUUCCGGAAUUCCACAGGAACCGCAUCUAUCUCUUAUGAAGCAUCGGUCUCAUUAACCGUGAAGGGAACAGAGUAUGAAGUAGCAAAUAACCUUCAUAUUUACACAGCCAUUGAUCUAUCGUGCAACAAAUUUCAGGGACAAAUUCCAAAGGUUACUGGAGAGCUUAAAUGGCUGGCAUUGCUCAACUUAUCUCAUAAUAGUCUAACAGGACCUAUCCCGUCAUUGCUGAGAAAUAUGAAAGAACUCCAGUCUUUAGAUUUGUCUUCAAAUCAACUAACAGGGGCUAUUCCACCUCAGUUAACUGCACUGACAUUUCUAGAGGUCUUGAACUUCUCGGGAAACCAUCUUAGUGGAGAGAUUCCUCAGAAAGGACAGUUCAGCACAUUCAACAAUGAUUCCUAUCUAGGAAACUCUGCGUUAUGUGGAUCACCUUUGACGAAGAAAUGUGUAAACACUGUAUCACCUCCUCAGGAAGUCGAAAAUGGUGAUGAAGAUGAUGCUGGUGAUGAAUUGACAUGGGAAGCAAUCGUGAUGGGAUAUGGAUGUGGACUGAUAUGUGGAUUGUCAUCUGCGUACAUUGUUCUCAAACUAGGAAGGCCUUGGUGGCUUCCGACUCAAUAUUUGUUAGCCUCCCGUGCCCUGUGUGAAACCAUAAGCUUCUCUGGUGAAUAUCCAAAUCAUUCAGCUGGUUCUACUUUCAGCUCACCGCAGGAACAUCAUUCUGCAGGUGAGCUUCCAACAACAAUUUGCAAUGUCACCUCCCUUUCGGUUCUUGUUUUGUCAAAUAAUAAAUUAAGUGGUGCACUUCCAAACUGUUUCGGGAAUCUUGCUGAUGGAUUGCUUUACAUUAAUCUUGCUAAUAAUCAGUUUCAAGGAACAAUACCAACUACUUUCUCCAGGAGUUGUCCGUUGACAUAUCUAAACAUGGAUAAUAAUGAGUUUGAAGGAUUGAUGCCCCCAUCUUUGGCGAACUGUAAGCACUUGAAAAUUCUUGAUAUAGGCAAUAAUAAAAUAGGUGGUACAUUUCCGUCAUGGAUUUAUGCACUUGGAGAGCUAGAAGUUCUUGUCUUGCGAUCAAAUAAACUCUAUGGUACAAUAAGUGGAAGGAGCAUAGAAGAUCCCUUCCCCAAGUUGCGGAUUGUGGAUCUGUCCAACAAUCAAUUCACAGGCCAUUUGCCAAUUCAAUACUUUAAGAAUAUGAAAUCAAAUGAUAAUUUGUAUCGUUAUCUGAAUUCCACAGGAGAAAUAUAUAUCUCUUAUGAAGCAGCAGUCUCAUUAACUGCGAAGGGAACAGAGUAUGAAGUAGCAAAUAACCUUCAUAUUUACACAGCCAUUGAUCUGUCGUGCAACAAAUUUCAGGGAGAAAUUCCAAAGGUUACCGGAGAGCUUAGAUAG